CCCCAGAACCAAUGGCGCUGGCGCUCGGACGCGGGCGGCCGGAGUCCACUCGCCCGAGGCAGCCGGGCGCAGGGGCCAGUGCGCGGCCCGGGGCGGCCGCUGCGCUCGCGUCUCCUCCAGCCCGGGGCGUGAGCAGAGCGCCCGCGCACCUGCGCCGGCCGGGGCAAAGCGCGCGCCCCGGGGCGCCACGCCGAGGGGAACCGGGCCGCUCAGGUCGGCGCCGCCGGGCAGCCCCCGCCAGCGCUGCGCCCCGCCAGCAAACGUAGGAGGAAGAAAGGUUUGGGCAAGUCAGAAAUCAUGGCUUCUGAUGCUAGUCAUAUGCUUGAAGCAGCCCUAGAGCAGAUGGAUGACAUCAUUGCAGGUACUAAGGCAGCCACAGAGUAUGCAAAUGGCAUAUAUGAUAUUGUGUCACCUGCUCCAUCAGUAUAUUUGGGCACAUUCCAAAUUUUGCGUCUGCUAGAAGACCUGAAGAUGGCACUAGAAAUGCUAGAGGAUCCUCAAGAGAGAGAAGCAUUACGGAAUCAGGUACCGGAGGAUACAGCAAGAUGUAUACGGGAGUGGCUGGAGGAAAACCUGUCUCAGGUGAAUCAUCAUUCUUCUGCUAACAAUGAAACCUAUCAAGAACGACUGGCACGAUUAGAGGGUGAUAAAGAGUCCCUCAUAUUGCAGGUGAGUGUCCUCACAGAUCAGGUGGAGGCCCAAGGAGAGAAAAUCCGGGACCUAGAGGUCUGUCUUGAGGGGCAUCAGCUGAAACUUAAUGCUACUGAAGAAAUGCUUCAACAGGAGCUGCUAAGUCGAACGUCACUAGAGACUCAGAAACUAGAUCUAAUGGCAGAAGUUUCAGACCUGAAGAUUAAGUUGGUUGGCAUGGAAAAGGAACAGAGUGAAUAUGAAGAGAAGCAGAACAAAGCUGAGUCAGUAGUGAACCUGAUCAGUGAGCUACAGGAACAGAUGUGUAGACUACAGCUGGAAAUUAAUAGUAAAAUCCAGGAAAGAAAGUCUCAAGAUAGGAAACCUGAACUGACAGCUAACGGUCCUCAGGCCAGCACGAGAUCAGUGGUAGAGAGCCUCACCCAGAAGAAUUGCUCCCUGUGUGAUGGUUUGCUUCAGGAACUCAAACAUCUCAAAAUUAAAGUGGAAGAGCUGGAAAAUGAACGAACCCAAUAUGAAUGGAAAUUAAAAGCAACCAAAGCUGAAAUAGCCCAGCUUCAGGAGCAGUUAGCUCUCAAAGAUGCAGAAAUUGAACGUUUACAGAGUCAGCUCUCCAGGACCUUGGUACAUAAUGAAAUUGCAGAAAGAGCGGAACUAUAUAGGAGAAAGCUAAAAGAAAAACAUCAAGAAGUUCAACGACUGAAGAUAGGAAUGGAAUCGUUACUAGCUGCAAAUGAAGAAAAGGACCGUCGAAUAGAGGAGUUAACAGUGUUGCUAAGCCAGUACAGAAGGGUGAAGGAGAUAAUGAUAGCAGCUCAUGGCUCUUCAGAGAAAAUUCUGUCUGGUAGCAGUGAAGAGGAACUUGAGGCAAGUUUGAAGAAGUGGAAUCUCAUGAAUAAGCACCAAGCAGAAUUACUUAAACCCGAGGUACCUCCAGGAGAAUUGUCACUAACUAUGGAGUCUUUACUGCCACAAAAAACUCUAGAAAUCAGUGGAAGCAUUCCAGUUCCUUCAAAUAACCUUAUUUCUCCACAUGAGGAAUCCUUGGAAAACAGAAGUAGGGUUCCACAGAAAAAAAUGUCAAGUAGUCUAGAGGACUUGCAGAGUGAAUCCCUGGAAAAGCAUGUAGACGGGAAACCAGUAGAACCUGUUUUAGAACAAGAGAAUAAACCGUAUGUGAAGAGUAACAAAUAUCAGACCUUGCCAGGGAAGCUUCUUCGACCCACACAUAAUGGAGAUCAUGGAACAUACAAUACUCCCACUUCCCUAAAUGUAUUUGGAAUGAAUGACAAUGAGGACAACAGUGUACUGAGCCUGAAUCGCAUCAGGAGUAUUAGUGCACCAAUAUUAGGAGAGACAGAGAAUAUGGAUGGUACAAUAACUUCAGAUGAACUUUCACCCCUUUCUUCUGGAACAGAAUCGGGUCCACAGUCUCCAUUGUCUCCAGAAAAUAAAAAGAGCCCAAAAGGCAUCAGGAAAAUCUGGGGAAAAAUAAGAAGAACUCAGUCAGGUAACUUCCAUGCAGAUGAUUUAGGUUUGGCUGAAUUUCGAAGAGGUGGUCUCCGUGCAACAGCUGGACCUCGAUUAUCUAGAUCAAAGGAAACAAAGGGGCAGAAGAGUGACUACAAUGCCCCAUUUGCUCAGUGGAGCACUGAAAGAGUUUGUAACUGGCUUGAGGACUUCGGUCUUGGUCAGUAUGUCAUUUUUGCACGGCAGUGGGUGACUUCUGGCCACACGUUAUUAACAGCAACACCUCAGGACAUGGAAAAGGAACUAGGAAUAAAACAUCCUCUGCACAGGAAGAAAUUAGUUUUGGCCGUUAAAUCAAUAAAUACAAAACAGGAUGAUAAGUCUGCACAACUAGAUCAUAUCUGGGUGACACGAUGGCUUGAUGAUAUUGGCUUACCUCAGUACAAAGAUCAGUUUCAUGAAUCCAGAGUUGAUGGGAGAAUGUUGCAAUACUUAACUGUGAAUGACCUUCUCUUUCUGAAAGUCACCAGCCAGCUGCAUCAUCUCAGUAUUAAAUGUGCCAUUCACGUGCUGCAUGUCAACCAGUUCAACCCCCAUUGUCUACGUAGGAGGCCAGUUGAUGAGAAUAAUAUUUCACCUUCUGAAGUAGUGCAGUGGUCUAAUCACAGAGUGAUGGAAUGGCUCAGAUCAGUAGAUCUGGCAGAAUAUGCACCAAACCUUCGAGGAAGUGGAGUUCAUGGUGGCCUCAUUAUUCUUGAACCUCGCUUUAAUGGUGACACACUGGCAAUGCUUCUUAACAUUCCACCUCAAAAGACCCUCCUGAGACGCCACCUGACCACUAACUUUAAUGUGUUAAUUGGGCCAGAAGCACAACAAGAAAAAAGAGAAAUAAUGGAAUCUACAGCUUACACACCUCUGACUACCACUGCUAAAGUUCGGCCAAAGAAACUUGGAUUUUCACAUUUUGGAAACCUAAGAAAAAAGAAAUUUGAUGAAUCUACAGAUUACAUUUGUCCUAUGGACACAAGUCCAGGUGCAACUAAUGGUACUCAGAAGAGCUAUGGUGGAUACAAAGGACUUAAUCAACUCACUGAUAGGGAAUUGGACAAACUGGAUCAGUUACUGACUGAUUUUACAGAUGGAACAUUCAGAAGGAACAGUAAUGCAAAUAGGGGUGCUCUCUCAAGGCAUAAGCAACCUCACGGUAUGUACCAAUUUAUACUUGCUGUAAAGUCACAAACUUAUCCUGCUAGAAUGCAGUGAAAGUUAAAGGACCAGCAGUCCUAUAGAGUAAGUGUUCCAGUGUUCAUGUUAUAGACUCCUUAUUUACAGCCUACUUACAUAUCCAUACUUCAAAAAAUCUUUAUUUUUAAAUAAGUUGUCAGUCCUCUAUUCAUAGUGGAUGGCCUAAGUUGAACUUAAGUGGUGCAUAGUCUCCACUUAUUCUGCUCACCCUCUGAAAAUGGGUGAGUUUUGCCCACAGUAAAUUAGUGUCUAUACCUGAUAAAAAACAAUGGAAAAAUUGAAAAGUAAAUAAAUAAGCAAUUGCUGUCCCCUGCUCCCUUAGAUAGAGUUCACUUUACUGAAGCAGUAUGGAUUUGAUUCUGUAUCUAAUAUAUAGAAUCACAUAACGUGUAAAAUUAAUGGCUGCAUUGGUGCAGCUGAUUUAAGUAGAUUAACUCAUUCACUGGAAAGCAAAAUGGAUGGUCAUGUAACGUGAAAGUAUUUUUAUCCACUAUGUCACCUACCUGUGAGACUCAUUGAUGCGGAUCAUCCCACUAUGUUACAUAUAAUCAGGUGGCCUGUAAUGCCUUAAAUAUUUAUAUCAUCAAAUAAGCUACAUCAAGACAGUAAAUUCCUGCUGUCAUGAAUCAGAUCUAAUUACAGUUGGAUUGCUUUGCCAUUGCUAUACGCAUCUAACUGAACAU